AUUCAUUUAAAUGAAACUAAUAUAUUUUGCAUUACUACGCGUAUUUUAUUAUUUUAAAAUCUACGUACUCCCGACGUUUCGGUUACUUUGCAGCAACUGUGAUCACGGUAUGUAGAUUUUAAAAUAAUAAAAUACGCGUAGUGAUGCAAAAUAUAUUAGUUUCAUUGAAAUACAGUAGAACUCCAAAUCUCGAAAAAAUAUAUUGUUCCCUUCCCUUAAAACACGAAAACCUCCAUUACUCGAAAUCUCAGCCGUCUAUUAGUCGAAAUAAUAGUGAGUCACUCCAAACCAUUUUGGUACAUGUUUUCCCUCCAUAACUCGAAAAAUUAAAUUUUACCUCUGUAUCUCGAACAUAGCAAUGUUUUAUUUCCCAACCUUUACAACUCGAUUAUUUGAGACUCAUUACCUCCAGUUCGGAUAACAAUAAGUUGCCGAUUUUAAGAUUUUUUCAUUUAUUUUACCGCUCUAACUCAAAUUUUAUAAGAAUGAAUCUCAGCCUCUUUACGUCGAAUAAAAAUCCGUCAAGUCGAAAGCCUCCAUGACUCGAAAACUCUAUAACUCGAUUUUUUGGCGUCUUCCUUGAUAUUCGACUCGUAAGGUUCUACUGUAUAAUAAAAAAAAAAUUCAAAAAUAAGAUUUUUGAGCGGAAUAACCGAAUCAGUUGCACCAUAUAGAAACGCGGGACUGGAGUAGAAUUAAGAAAAAAAUAUAACAUAUGUAUAGAGCGAGCGCUUUAAUUAUAACAAUAAUAAAAAAAUAACGAUAAGCUGUGAUAAGAUAAUGCUAACAAUUACUUAUACGACACUUGUGUUAUCAGCGCGUGAUGGACAAGCGAUCUAGUGCGCUGGGUCUCUGCAUGUGCAACAUAUGUAUCAGGAACUGUGAGUGCUACUACACACUAACUAUAACCCCCGGCUUCGUCUCAUUCGAACAGCUUUCAAGAAUCACUAUUUGUUCGUCCUGUAUCUGACUCUAGGUGGAAACAUAAAUAAUAACAAUGUUGAGGUUUCGUGGAUUUCGAGCCAAUUUCAAAAUAUCUACAGGCAAGGGAAGUGGACUUGACAACUUCGAUGAGACGCCGGGGUUAUCCCUCAAUGGUGCAUACAGGAUAAAUAAGGAUGAAUUAUUUGGCAACAUCGAGCUUCCGAGUCCGUCGAGACAAAUAAAUCCGUCUAUGGUGACAUUGCCGGUUUCACAGAGCGGUUUGUCGACAGAUACCUCUAGAAGCGUUGACAAUUUAACAAAACGACAGAACGAUAACGGCCUGGGACGAAGCACUCCAAAUAUUACAGCAAAUAUUACGGAGCAAUUGCCAAAGAACCAGACGAAAGAGCAAAAGAAAAUAGAAAAACAACGUUUAGAGAAACAGAAGAAACAGGAGAAAAAGGCGGCCAAGGAAAAGGAGAAGGCGGAGAAACUGAAAAAGGGGAAAGAGAAACAAACCGCCAAACAGGCCUCGCCACAAUCACAAGGAACAGCACAAACCAAACGGCAGCCACAAACUGUUACCAAUCCACCGCAACCACAAGCAGUGCCGCAGAUGACGUCUCAACUUCAGGACCAGAAGCAAACGCAACAACCACAAAACCGUACACAGAUCACGCCACAGCCACAAGUACGGUCACAGAGCAAGCCACAACCACAAUCACGGAAAAAACCCGCACCACAGCCACAAAGCACACCGCAGCCACAGAGCACACCGCAGCUCGCAAUCCGUGCAGUGAGAGCGGAAUACUCAACAAACACACUAGAGAGUUCCGUAAGCAGAAGUAGCGGACCCCCUCCGUACACACCACAAGACAAUACUCAAGACGAGAGAGAACGCUCUGGAAACAUCACGUUCAAGGCAGACUCCAGCUGGGACAUGAUCAAUGAACACAGGCAACAACUAAACAGGCCGAGGGUCAAAGGACUACCCAAACAAACACACCUUGACCUUAACUACAACACUGGUCCAACCGCGGCCACUACAGACAUCAGUGAUGCGUAACCUUAUAUAACGAUUAUAAACUUUUUUAUUACUCACAAAAUUUUACAAUAAUACACACACACACACACACAUAUAUAUAUAUAUCAUCUUAACAAUGUAUUUUUUUUUAAUAUCAAUUAAAAUGGAUGGAGUAUACAUAUAUUAAUUAUUUAUAAAGUUUUUUUUACCGAAAGUAAUGAACUUUGGUUUUCCUUUGGAGAGUCGAGGCUUCAUAAUUUAAAGGAAUGUAUAAUUUCUAAAUAUAUUUGUUGUCAUAAUACCUGUGGACCUUCGCCAGGGGGAAGUGCAGACAUAUCUUUUGAUAGAGCUCGGUGAAGUGUUUGUAGGAGCGGUACAGGACGGAGGGCGUGGCCUGUCCCUGUCUGUAGACUCGUAGCGCGUACACGUAGUGCUUCUCCGGGUCGUAGCGCUUCUCGUAGCUGAGACACUCUACGCGGACGAGGCGACCCUCUUGCGCCAUGCUACAAAUAUACAGCAACAUUUAUAUCUCUAUAUUCCUAUACGAUGUUUAAAAUAAAUGUGUUACAGUAA